AUGUCGAGCGGCCGGCCGCAGGGCUCGUCGCGGCUGCCGCCCCCGCGCUGGGACCGCUGGCUGGCCAGCCGCCACCCGCCGGAACGCGACGACGCGGCGCUGGUGCCCGCCCCCGUGCACAUGCCGCCGCUGGCCGGCGAGGCGGCCGGCUGCAGCGUCUGGGCCGCCAUCGGCGCGCGCGACAGCUGGACCUCCUUCAAGCUGGACUCGCCGCCCCCGGCGCGCAGCAGCCCGGCGGCGCGCGCGCCACCCCCGCAGAGCGCCCGCCCGCCUCCGCCGCCGCCGCCGGUGCUGCGCCCGCCGCCCCCGCCGCCGCCCCCGGUCCGGGCGAGCGCGAGGCUCGAUCUGGAGAGCUGCCUGUCGGUGGUGUCGCUGCAGGCGCCCGACGUCGCCCCCGCCUACCGGCCGCGCCCGCAGCCGCCCCCGCGCCGCUUCGAGCUGGUGCGCAACGUCGCCGCCGGCGUCUCCGUCGCGCCCGUCGCGCCGGCAGUGCGUCGGCGCCACUCGCCGCCCCCGGCGCGCCUGCCGGAGCCCACCCACUCGGAGCCGACGUCGCUCUCCACUUCGCCGACGUCGUCGCUUUCGGUGCCGUCGUCGCAUUCCGCGCCGACGUCUCCGCAUUCGAGACCUCGCCAGGGGAGGCGGUGA